AAGAAAAUGGCAGCGCUUAGGAUCUAGCAACUGCAGCGCAACUGUCGAUCUAACUACAGACUCUCUUCAUCAAAACCCUCCUGUCCCGUUUGAAACAUACCAGUGUGCAAUGUGGCCUUUUGGGGAUAGUGAUCCAGAUUCAAAACCAAAGAAAUCAUGUGAAAAACAGCGACAGCUAUUACAAGAUUGUUUGCUAACGAGUAAAUGUGUAAAUCUGGAUGGUUAUACACCAAAACAAUGUCUGAAAAUGAAGGACCACUCCAGAGUUCCAGAUAUAUGCUUCAAUUAUCAAUACGACUUAUUCCUUUGUAAAAGAUCAAUGAUUGAUAUGAGGGCAAGAUUUCGAGGAAGGCGAGGUGUGGAUUAUGAUGAAAUACAUCAUGGGCCUAAAAAAGAGGAAAGAUAGAGAAAGAUGUCUUGACGUUCACUUCUGUCAUACACCUAUCAAUCAUGACUUUUUGUCCGUCAUCGUGCGUUUCAACAUUUUUGACAUCUGGAAAACUCCUUCGACAUCUGGAAAACUCCUGAACCAAUUUCAGUGAAAUUUUACAAAAUUGUUUCAUGGCUGAAGGCACACCAAAAUUGUAAAUUGUAUGGUCCCAAACCCCACAGGGCUUGAGGGGUGGGGCCAAAAAGGUCACCAAAAAGGUCAAAUUGAAAGUUAAAAAAUCGUCUGAAAUUCUAAGGUAUGGUAGAAUCAAAUACUCUUCAUGGACGAAAAUUUCCUCAGAUGCUUUACCAAAAUUGUAAAUUUCAUGACCCCAGGGUCUCACAUUUCCGAGUGUGCAGGGGGUAAAGUUUACAAUGGUUUAUUUAGGAAUAUUUUUAUUUUCUAUUGCAUUUUUGGAAAUUGUUCAAAUUUGGUUAAAAUUAUGAGUAUAAGAUGACAGUUUAAUGAGAUUCACAUAUUGACCUCGGCUGAAUCCCCCAGAUUGACUGAAAUUUCAAAGAUGUGUUACUGUUCAUGGAUGAAAGAUUUAAUGAAGGAAAAUUCAGUUUUUGAGUUCAAUUUCUUUUAAUUCAAUCUUGAUUAGAAGCUUAGCAUGGGACAGCAGUUUAUGUUAUGCACAAUUUGCACUGUGUACAAUGUAGUUAAAGUAAUCUUUACUAUGAGAUGGAGUUGAAACAUAUUAACAACACUGUCAUUAAAUUUAGGUAAAAAGCAGGACCUUCUGUGUUGGACUCACUCCGAUUAGCUUUAUUUCUAUGACAUGUUACAAGAAGCAUUGUAACUUAGGUGACGAUUAAGGCCCUUGGUCCUCUUGUUUUCCAUGUUACAGAAAUGAUGAAAAUAGACUGAAAUUAUGUGAUUUCUUCAGAUAUAUCAAUUUCAUUGUGACAGAAUGGUGAAAAUCAAAUAUAUAGGUGUAACAAAGUGACAUCCCUAGACUUUGAUCCUUUUUGAUAAUGGUUCAUUGUGCUGAACUUUUGAAGAAACUGUUGGAAAUUUUGUCCUUGUAAAUUGUGAUUUCUUUUGAAUCAUGGCUGUGUGUACAUAAAUUGUCUGGAAGAUGAGAGGUGAUGAUUAAAUAUCACAUAUUUAAACAAAA